GUUGUUAAAGGAGAAACCGUUGCAAUUUGCCAUUUGAUUAAACUGAGCUUGUUAAUUUACACUAUCAAAUUAAUCAUCAAUCACAAUCAUGAUCAUGCACAUAUAUCUGAUCAGACGGGUAACUUGAGCCAAACAUAUUAGUACAGUCGACGAACUUUCUCUGUAACUCUACAUAGUACAUGCAUGUUUGUAGAUAUACUCAAGCUGUGAUUGAUCAGAGCGAUUUAGGUUGCAUUUGGAGCCCUAGCCAACCAAAUUAAUGAGCGCCAACAGAAAGCAAUCAGCUCCGGCGCCGAAGCUGGACCACGAGCAGAUCGCGGAGCUGCGAGAGAUAUUCCGAUCGUUUGACCAAAACAACGACGGAAGUUUGACCCCUCUGGAGCUGGGGUCGCUGCUCCGGUCGCUGGGGCUGAAGGCGAGCCAUGAGCAGGUGGAGACUCUGAUCCAAAAGGCUGAUCGUAACGACAACGGGCUGGUGGAGUUCUCGGAGUUCCUGGUGCUGGUGAAGCCUGACCUAUUACUACUGCAAGGCGGCAUGUGUCCGUACAGCGAGGAGAUGCUGAGGAACAUGUUUGACAUGUUCGAUAGGGAUGGUAAUGGCUACAUCAGUGCCGCGGAGCUGGCCCACUCCAUGGCCAAGCUUGGCCACGCGCUCACGGCGGAGGAGCUGAUUGGGAUGAUGGAGGAGGCCGAUACGGAUGGAGAUGGCCAAAUCGAUUUUCAGGAGUUUGCAAGGGCCAUUACAUCGGCGGCGGUCCAUAAUCGUUGGACAUGAAUGAAUCUAAUGUAAAAUUAUCUUGUUAUUGUGUUUUUCAUUU